AUGAUAAUGAUCAUGAGUGUUCAUGUUUUCCCUUUACUUUUUUUUUCGGGUUGGGGGAGGGGGCGAGAAUUGGGCGGUGGUAGUGAUGUGGCCCAAGGUCUUACCAUCCCCCGCUCAACCACGAGCAACAUCUGGCAGCCCAGAGUUGGUGCUCCAUGGGACAUCGUGCUCUCCACCAGUGUACUUCGUCCUGCUCCCGCCACUGAAAUUUAUGACAUCGACGUGUGGAGCAGCGAGCCCAAGACCAUCGACAACCUCCAUAAGCAGAACCACAAAGUGAUCUGCUACUUUUCUGCGGGAAGCUACGAGCCACACAGGAAAGACAGUGCCUCGUUUCCAGAAGAAGCGCUGGGCAAUCCCCUUCAUGACUGGCCUGCGGAAAGAUGGCUAGAUGUUCGCCAUCCUCAAGUGCGCCGCAUCAUGGCAGCCCGAUUGGAUCAAGCACAGCGGCUGGGCUGUGAUGGUGUUGAUCCAGAUAAUGUUGAUGGAUAUGGUAACGACACUGGUUUUGGUUUGACGAAGCAGGAUUCCAUCAACUAUAUCAAUUGGUUGGCUGGAGAGGCGCAUAGCCGAGGUCUGGCUAUGGGACUGAAGAACGCGGGAGAUGUCAUUCCUCAGGUUCUUGCGAACGUGCAGUGGAGCGUCAAUGAAGAGUGUGUGGAUAGACACGAGUGUGAUCUGUAUGCCUCUUUUGCAAGGGCUGGGAAGCCUAUCUUCCAUAUCGAAUACCCGAAAGGUAGAGAUAGGAAUGACAAUGAAGAUGUCGAUCCAGAGGAGAAGAGGCGAUACUGUGAAUUCUCCAACUCGGGACUAUUUUCAACCGUUCUGAAGAACAUGAUCCUGGAUCAUUGGGUUCAACGGUGUGACUGA